AUUUAAUUUGAUAUUUCCAGUCACCCGGAUAACGAACAAAUAUACUUCCUAGUUGAUAUUGUUAAUUACUGGGACGGUAUUUGGGAUGCAAGCAUAAUAACAUUAUUUCUAACUGCCCCUGGUGGAUGUCACCACUUCUGAUAUGUUGUUCGUUCUGAUUAUCCACGCAACUAUUCUGUUGACAAUUACAGCCCAAAAGAACCUUACGCCAGAAGGAAAGGCUUCACAAACUGGUACAUUGCGGGUGAAUUCAAAUGCAAUAAACGCUAUACAGCCUCCUAUAUCAAAUAGAUUCCAAGAAGGAAACACUAUAUAUUGUACCCACACAUUUGGUUAUGACGAUGAUAACCCGCUGCCGGCUUGGUGGAUGUUUGAAUUUGAUUUUGAGCUUGCAUACAUCACAGAAAUACAAAUAUGCUACAGAAAUGGUCAGGCUUCACGGAUGGAUGGAUUUAAAUUAUAUGUGACCAAUACAUCAUUGACUCCAUCUGAUUCGUCACCUAAUGGCUAUCUCUGUUAUGAAGAUCCUGAGGAUAAUGAUGGAAGUCUUCCAAACCUCAAUCAGACAAUACCUUGUAACCAUCUUGGAAAAUACGUUAUUUAUUACGAUGAUAAAGGAUCAUCCGGUCUCGGACCUAUUGUUGAACUAUGUUAUGUUGCCAUUAAUGGUUGUCAAAAGAGUUUUUGGGGUAGUGAUUGUCAAAAUAAUUGUGCAGAAAAAUGUAUAGAGCGAAAUUGUUUCCCUGGAAAUGGUUCCUGUGUAUGGGGAUGUAACCCUACAAAUUGUUUAAAUGGUGUUUGUGAUAAAGAUACUGCAGUUUGUACAGACGGUUGUAUAGAAAGAAGAACCGGGACCUAUUGUAAUCAGUAUAACAUGGCGUCUGAUGGUUUAGUUUGGCAUGUUCCAAGUAGUGGCACACCGGCAAAUCAAGCAAACGAUGGAAUUGUCACAACAUGUUCAAGAACAAAAGGACCUAGUGUAACAUUUCAUGUUGACCUUCAGGAGAAAAGCAUUGUAACUGGGUUGUUUGUCAUAUUAGGAGAAGGUACAACAGAUGGGUAUCAUACUAUUUACGCCUCAAAUGAUAGCAAUACUUGGAAUAAUGGAAUAGUGUUAUACAAUGAAACAUCUGUGCCUACCGAGAUCAACCUUCAAGCAGUUUUUAGAUUCCUGACUUAUGCGCGCCCAGUUCAGAAUCCGUUUACUGAGUUAGAACUAUGUGAGAUUGGAAUUAUUGGUUGUCCACCUACACACUAUGGAGCUUUAUGUAAUACAACGUGCCCACAAAACUGUAAUGGACCAUGUGACCUUGAUGUAGGGGAUUGCAUUUAUGGAUGUACAAAUGGGUGGACUGGUGAUAGGUGUGAUCAAGACUGUAAUGAUGGUUUUUACGGAAAAGAUUGUCUUGAAUCAUGUUCUGGUACCUGUUUGAAUAAAAAAUGUGAUCAUGUGACAGGAGAAUGCAUUGGUGGAUGUUAUGAUGGAUGGCAGGGAUUCAAUUGUUCACAAACCUGUCCCGACGGUCAAUUUGGGAAGAACUGUUCCAAGUUUUGUGAUGGAUGUAUAUCAAGAUUGUGUGACCAUGCUAGUGGAUUGUGUGAAAACAAAACAAGCUGUAACCCUGGUUAUAAGUCCACCGACCAUUGCGACAUGAUGUGUCCCGAUGGUGAAUUUGGUGUUAAUUGUGAAAAGAAAUGUGUUUGUCUAAUCGAAACUUGCAGUAAAGGAACAGGAAAAUGUCCACCUGGAGGCUGUAAAGAAGGUUUCUAUGGUGAAUCAUGUAGCAAAGAUUGUGAAAGUGGUAACUUCGGUCGAAACUGUGGAGAAUUUUGUGGCGGAUGUAUAUCUAAUAUAUGUGAUAAACUUGAUGGGUUCUGUACAAACACCACUGGAUGUGAACCUGGUUUUCUGUACGAAGACUACUGCAACAAAAGUACGUAA